CUGGAAAUGCCCCGAGUCAUGAGAUGGAUGCCAAAAUGACUGCCAGGAUCCAGUAUCUCACAGCCCAAAGGACGGGCUUUGUUUUGGAGCACAGACACUGGAACACAAGCCAGAUCCCUGAUCUCUCCAAGAAAUCACAGCAUAUAAACUGCUGCCCAAAAGCAAGCCUCGGAGAACUUCAAUAACCUCCAGGAAAGCUUGAGGUUAGGGAGACUAGCACAGCCAAAGAAGACAUGAGGAGUCUGCUGGCACUACUGGUCGUGUCCCUGGCCCUGGCAGCACUCUGCUGUUGUGAGAAAGAUCCCAAAGAACCCUCAGGAUCUCUCAGUGCUGACAGCAUCAAGAUUAAAAAAGAAGUUGCCAAUGCCUUUGUGAAGAGGAGGAAGAGAGCCAGCCCUUAUGAAUGGUACUUGGAGUACUACAAAAGCCCCAUGGAGCAGAUGCACGAGCGCUGUGAGAACUACCCGCCCUGUGACUAUCUCUCUGACCAAGUAGGGUUUGCCUUGGCCUACAACCGCUUCUUUGGGAGAUACUGACCAGGGGAAGGUCUCUCUGCUCGUUUGGCUUGGACCACUCCAAACCCUACAGGAGAAAGAAGUUGUGGUUGGGAAGGAGGGAAGGAAAACAUCUGGACUAGCAUCUUCUUCUGUUGUCUCCCAACCAGCUGGAACACCAAGGCAGGGAUUAUCUCACUUGUUGAGCUUCCUUUAACUUUCUUCCUUUCAUCAAUAAAGUCUCUCUUCAGACAUAUUUUGUGGUAUUUUGAGCUUCACCAGAAGACACUGUCUUAUUUCCUUACACCUGAAUCCCCAGCACACAAUGUUUGAAGAAAACCACUGCACGCCUUGGAAACAUCACUAGAUCUCUUAUCCUCUUCUGCAAAAUACAGGAGGAUUAUGGAAGAAGAAUGUCACAGUGUGUGUAAAUGUGAUGGAUCUGAUCCUGGGAUGCUCGCUGUGAAGAAGGAAGAACACCUGCCUCCUGUUCCAAUUAGUGGGAAAGUUCAGUGUUUUCAUGUAGUAUAAUCACAUUAAAUAUGCAUCACAGUAGGAUCAUUUGUAAAGAUAGAAGUGUGCAAAUACUCUUGCAUAGAUCGCAAUCAGCUUCUGGUACACUCUUCUGAUUACUCUGUCAUAAAAUUUGCUGUAUAGCAACAAUAAAUAAAUCCCAAAAAGGUGUGUUUAAGG